AUGAGGGCUGUGCUUGCUCUCCUUGCAGCAUCAUGGGCGCACGAUCUGGAGGAGGUGGUUUUUGAUGAUGACGGCGGAGGUUUGAAUUUGCUUCAGAGGAAGGACAGGGCAGUGCAGGAGCUCAACGAAAGCUCAACGUGGCAAGGUGCUCGAGAGACAGGCAACAUUUGUAUGUGGUCGAAUUGCGAGCAACGCCUUGGGCCAACGGAGUGUUACCACUUUCGGUGCGUUUGCCAGAUGGACUUUGUGUACAGCGAGCGCGUCAAACAAUGCGUGCAUCGUUAUACCCCAGAAGGAAGAGAGGUCGUGCUGCCGCAAGACACUGGAGCCACCUGCUACUUCAAUGAGUGCAGUGGCAAAUUCACAGUUUGCUCAGAUUCCAAGUGUCUUUGCAUCCCUGGUUUCAUUUAUCUUGCGGGUCAAGGAACAUACGGAGGUUGCCAGCGAGACCCUAAUCUUUUUCCACCCGACCAGCAGUGGUCCCAAAGCGACGAUCUGCACAGGUGGCAGGAGCAACAGCAGCAGCAACAGCAGCAGUAUCAGCAGUCAACAACCCCUUCGCCUGAAAAGUCUCAGUCCUCGUGCAGUCGGCAUCCAAAGUGUUCAGGAUUGGCUGGAGAUUGCUGCCCCAACGAAUUGGGAUUGAGCUUGGCAUGCUGCAACAAAUAG